AUGUCAUUUGAUCGUUCGAAAUCGUUACACUCAACAGUAGACGAUGAUGAUGACUUUACAGCUUCAACUAAAAAUAAUAACGAAGAUUUAGAUUUAGAAUUACAAGAACGAUCUGAUAAUAUUAAACAGAGAGAAUCAAAUUGGAUAUUUCAUACAGUAUCAAUCUUAAAACUUAACAAAACAAAUGCAUUAUUAAUAUUUUUCAUACCAGCAGUGGUCUUGAAAGCGUUAAACGUUGAUGAAACUAUAACAUUUUUCUUUAAUUUUUUGGCAAUUAUACCUUUAUCAAAUAUAUUAACUAUUGGAGUUGGUGAUUUAGCUGCUAGAUUUGGACCGGCUUAUGGAGCAGUAUUUCAUGCAUUUUCAGGAAGUUUUGUUGAACUUGUGAUUGAAUCAUAUGCUUUAAUGGAUGAGCAAUAUGCAAUAGUUCGUUCAGCAGUUCUUGGAAUUGCAUUCAUUGCAGGAUCUUGGCCGACUGAAAGACGUCGUCGUGAAGGCUCAAUGAAUUCGUUGAACGUGUCAAUUCAAGUCAAAUUAUUUGUGAAUACAAGUGCUUCUAUAUUAGCACUCGCAGUCCUUGCUUUAGUUACACCUGCAGCUUUUAAAAUAGCAGCAGCACCAAAUAAUGCUUCCGUUUCACCAUUCAUAGAAUGUAAUAUAAGAAAUAUAAGUCACGCUACUGCCAUCAUCCUAACUUUAAUUUAUAUUGAUGCUAAAGAAUUUGAUACAGAAGUAAAAUAUCAUUGGUUUUUUGAUUUGAUUUUAGUUGCUGUAUCAAUUGCUGGCAUUACAGUUUGUGCUAGGUUUCUUGUAACUAGUAUUGAACACACUGCACAUAAUUUUGAAUUAGGAACUGGAUUUGUUGGAAUUGUAUUAUUUCCACUUUUUGUUUCUAAUUUUAUGGAACAUUAUCAAGCAAUACAUGAUGCUGUACAUGAUAAAGUUGACACAGCUAUAAGUUUAAUACUUAAUACAUCUGUACAAAUGGCUUUAUUGGUAGCACCAAUAUUAGUUCUUGUGGGUUGGAUUACAGAUAAACCAUUAACAUUGGAUUUUAAUGCUUUAGAAAUUGCUGUUCUAAGUUGUGCUGUUUUAAUCGUAAACUAUUUGGUUGCUGAUAAUAAAGCAAAUUGGCUAGAGGCGAUUGCUUUCUUUUAUUUUCCAAAUACUAUUGAACCAGAUAGAUCAUACUAUUGUGAUCCUUUCAGUAGAAAUUUACCACCUAAAAAUGUAACUGAUUCAAUUUCACAAGAUCCUAGCGAAGGAGGAGAAGUCACUAAUACAUGUAUACCGGCAUCGAUUAAUGAUUUAACUGCAAGGUUAACAGUAUCGGACCCAAUGGCGUAUUGGCCACGGUUUGGUAAUGGAACAACAUAUUAUAUUUUAACUAUCGCGUCCUUUUCAACAAGUUUAACUUCUUUACAAAAUCUGGAUUCAGAUAUGCGAUGUAACCUUGAACCACAAAGUCUUCAACUGAAAUAUCUUGAAUCGGAUUUUGUCAGUUUUAAAAUUUACAAAACAUUUGCUAUCGAAAUGUUUGGAUUAUCUGUCCAAGCAAUCUUUCGACUAUGUUAA